AUGGGGAAACGUGUCGCUAUCGUGGGUAGCGGUUGCUCGGGUCUCGGUGCGUUGUGGGCUCUGCGGACCAGCACUGAUCAUGAGGUCCAUAUGUUCGAGGCCGCCUCGCGCUUGGGCGGACACGCUAAUACAGUUACCUACGAAGCCCUGGACGGGCAGAAGGUCAUGGUCGACACCGGCUUCACUGUCAUGAACACUGCCACCUACCCGAACUUCAUCCGAUUUCUCAAGGCACUUGAUAUACCAGUCAGGAGAACGGAGAUGACAUUCGCCGUCUCUCGGGAUCAAGGUACUUUCGAAUGGUCUGGCACGUCUAUAUCGUCCAUCUUCGCACAAAAGAGAAACAUUUUCAAUCCUGGCAUGUGGCGAUUGAUAUUUGAUGUCAUUCGGUUUAAUGAGUUUGCCCUUGAUCUGUUGCAAGACCAACCAGAAAGUGAGCAAGUUCAGGCCCGGGGCAUGGCCAAGACAUCUAGCAAGCCGUCUUCAGAAGAAACAAUUGGCGAGUACCUUGACCGAGAGCAUUAUUCUCAAGAGUUUCGCGACAACUACCUCUUACCCAUGACUGCGGCCCUUUGGAGCACAAGUCCCAAUAAAUGCACCUCGGAAUUCCCAGCGAUGACUUUGGUCCGCUUCCUGCACAACCACCAUCUGUUGAGGACGAAUGCAACGCGCCCAGACUGGUUGACUAUUCCUGGAGGCUCGAAGCAAUACGUCGAUGCUGUAAUGAAGCACCUUCCCAGCAAUCAAGUACACCUCAAGUCCAACGUGACCGCAUUGACACCCACUAAGAGAGGCUCUGUCAUAUUGACCGCCAAUGAGAGAGACUAUGUAUUUGACCACGUCAUACUGGCCACACAUGGCGACCAAGCGCUGAAGAUCCUUCGGCCAAUUGCGAGUACACAAGAGGCUGAGAUCCUGAGUGGGUUCCGCACCAACAGGACUGUAGCCGUCUUGCAUUCCGAUAUCUCACUCAUGCCAAAGAGGAGAAUUGCCUGGUCAGCCCGGAAUUACAUCACCGAGUCACCGUUUCCGCCGCUGAGGAGCCAGACCGUCUCCAAGGUGUGCCUGACUUAUUGGAUGAACCUGUUGCAACACAUCCCCGAUAGCAAGUUUGGCUCAGUGCUAGUCACACUGAAUCCGUUGAACAUGCCAGAUCCAAGGCUAGCACAGGGCAUCUGGGAGUAUUCUCAUCCUCUUCACAAUGCUGCAGCGAUCAGAUCACAGCGGUUGUUGCCCAAAAUCCAGAAUAUCAGAGGCAUCAGUUACUGUGGAGCGUGGACCAAGUAUGGAUCCCAUGAGGACGGCUUUAGCAGUGGCCUGUCGGUGGCGACCAACCAUCUCGGGGCGAAGCUGCCAUUCGAAUUUAUAGACUCGGAUGUCUUGAGGGGCGACAGGCCGACUCUGACCAUGAAGAAUUACCUGCUGAGGCUGAUUAUCCUUCUGGUCCAAAUAGCCCUGUUGCUCGUGGAACGUGUGUGGCACCUAGGGACUGGGCUUCUAGACCGGCGGACGGCGACGCCGAGAAAGACGAGUUGA